AUGGCGUUAGACCCAGGAGAUACUCUAUUCAGCUGCUCUAGCAUCCCUCCACCCUAUUACGCUAAUCCCAAGCACCCAGAAGACUACCAGCGGAUCGCAGAAGAGGGCACCAAGACGCUUAACAAGCCGGCCCCAGGGACAGCAAAGGCAGUUCCAUUCAUUAACGACAAUGGUCUCCCUAAGGUCAUUGUCGCCAGCUCAUCAGAGACCCACGACAAACCCACACAAAAGACAUUCACCCCUCCCACAGAGUCAAACCUUAUCAAGACCGUAACGCCUCUGCAUCUGCUUGACGAUCAAUCAGAUACCAUAGACUGCCCGUUCUGCAGGCGCCGCGUAGUAACCAAAGUAAAGAAAAGCCCCUCUGUCGCGACUCAUGCUGCGGCAACAGCGCUCUUCCUAACUACCGGGGUCGGAGCGGUGGCCCCGUACAUAACCCAUUGGAAGGGCCAUGUCACCCACUACUGUCUAAAUUGCAACCGGAAAGUAGCGCAUCAACGCUACAAUAAGCAGGGCAUGCAGCCACUCAGAACACCCGACCAUCUGCAAGAGGUAUCGCGGUUUCCUAAAGCAGAGGCACCGAAGCAAGAAAGGCAGGAAAAGCAAUAG